AACGCAGCCAUUUUGAAGAUUUACCAGUGGCAUCUUUGUCGCGACCCGCACUGCUCGUGUUUUUUUGAAAUCAGACCUUCCACUCUUCAUUUGGAAGAUUUUACUGACUUUUCUAACUCAGAUCUCUAAGAUAAGAAUUCGUCGUCACAUUACGCAUUGAAUAUCUACUCGCCCUUGUGACUAUCUUCUGCUCAAUUCCUUUGCGAUUUCAUGGUGCUAUCUAGAAUAAUCAGGGUGUCUAAAGCAACCGGCGUCUGCAGGGGCCCCGUCGUCGGAGCCGACAAAAUUCGGAUUUACUCGACCCUUGGGAGUAUUUUCUUCAAUCUGUGUAAAGCCUGCCAGGCGAAGACUAUGGCCGCAAUUCCCCCAUCCGCUUUCUCUGCUGGACGUAUCCGCGAGACGCAGCGUCAAGACAUGAAGAUCACCACGAACGUUAAGAGCAAGGGUGACACCAAGUUCUUCAACUUGUCAGCUUUAACAGAGCUGUCUCCACUCAAGUACAACAGCAAGUUAAUGAACAGCAUUUGGGGAUUCUACAAUCGGUACUCGCCGCACAACGUGAAGAAAGUCACGGAUGACUUCGCUUUCAAGGCGGAAUUGCAGCCAUCGGCUGUCAAUUCCGCAAAUAGGGCAAGCCCUUUUACUUUGCCCGUAUGUUCCCGCCCUUAGAUGGGGUGUGGCCCUCCAUAAAAAGCUGCAUCGAGCUGUUUAUAUAAUGAGAUGUUUCUUUUAUAAAUAAAUACUAAAUAGCUGCAAAUUAAAAACUGUUU